GAGAGUCAGCUUCACGCUCACAGCUGGAUGGAUAGCAGCGUCUCCGCCACAGCAGGAGAAGGAUGUGAAAUUUCGACAUUUUUCAACUUUUGUCAGUGAAAGAAAAGCAGCGACUGGACACGUUCAGACGGUGAAAAUAACGGCAGGACGCUAAACGCAGCGCGCGGCGGCCGUUAGAAAACAAACCGCUGCGUUUUUAAUGAGUUGAUUUUAAGAUCUGCGUUCACCGCCAGUCCAUAGAGCUACUGACCAUCAGUCCAGUGAGCCUCACAGACACAGACAGUCAUGAUGGAGUCUAUCUUAGACAGUUUAACAGCAGAGAAACUCUACCCGUCCGGAGGCACCAACCUGUUGGACCUGGAGGAACUCAGCGACGGAGAUUUCCUCACUAAUGUGCCUUUCUCAGGUGAUCAGAUGGACGACUUCAGCAGUGAAUUAUUCAACAGUUUCUUUGACGACCAUCUAUUAGAGCGACCCCUGCUGGCAGACAGACCUUCCCUUUUACACAUGGACAUAGACAGCAGUCCAGAUAUUCAAGCAGAGCACAGCUACUCUUUGAGUGAAGACUCCGCCCCCCAGAGCCCAGCGCUGUCAAUCAAAAUGGACCAAGAGUCUGAGUUUGAAUGGAGCUUCAGUCAGGACCUGUCAGCCAUCUUGGUGAAACAGGAGGAACCUGAUGUGGUCCAAAGGUUAGAUCCUCAGCCUCUGGAAGGCCCGCCCCUCAUAUUAAGCCCAGCCCCCCCACACAGAGGAUCGGCUUGGAAACACACGGAGCACAGUCAAGAUGAUAUGAAGCCAGUGGCUAUAAAAGAUGAACCCAGAGAGAUUGGACAGUAUCUCAGCCUGCCCAGCGACGACGCUCUCCAGCUCCCGCCCACCCCUCCCAGCAGUAACCACGGCGACAGUGACGGCUCCCUGCCUCCCUCCUCCCCACACCUCCCUCUGCCCCCGUCUUCCCCUCAACCACAACAGAGACCAGGAGGUCGCGCCUCUUCCUCCUCCUCAUCCUCUUCCUCCGCCAUCUCCUCUUCACCUCUCCUCACUGCACCACAUAAGUUGCAGGGUUCAGGACCCCUCAUGCUGACAGAAGAAGAGAAGAGGACCCUGGUUGCUGAGGGUUACCCAGUACCCAACAAACUUCCUCUCACCAAGAGUGAAGAGAAGGCACUGAAGAGAGUCAGACGGAAGAUUAAAAAUAAGAUCUCAGCUCAGGAGAGUCGGAGGAAGAAGAAAGAGUAUGUGGAAUGUCUGGAGAAGAAGGUGGAGAACUACACGUCAGAAAACAGCGACCUGUGGAGAAAAGUAGAAAACCUGGAGACUGCCAACAGGUCUCUGCUACAGCAGCUCCAGAAGCUCCAGUCAUUGAUUUCAGGGAAAGUUGUUCCCCGUUCUUGUAAAAUGGCCUCAACUCAAACAGGGACAUGCCUCAUGAUGGUGGCUGUGUGUUUUGUCCUGGUGUUGGGCUCCUUCUCCCCCUGCCUCUCGCCCCUCUCCUUCCUCACUCACACCUCCUCUUUGUCCUCCACCUCUUCCUCCUCCUCUCCUCCCCCUCUUCCGUCAGCGGACCUCUACACCACCAGUCAGGUGCGUUCCCGCAGCCUGCUCUUCUACAAUGAAGGGGCUCCACUGGAGGAGAGUUCAGUGACAGAAGGGGAGAGGCUACAGUCAGAAGCCCACUCCCACAUCCAGACAAGCCGCUACACAGCUGACGCCCACAGCAACCAGACAACUGGGCCCAAGUUAGACCGGAGAGAAACAAAACCAGACGGAGUCUCAGAGUUUUUCUGACGGACCGCAUGACCCCUCCUCCCAUGACUUCUCACCUCUGACCCCUAAAAAAGCCAAAACCUCCGGAGUCCUGAGCUCGGCAGGCUUCAUAUCAACAUCCAACUGGACCAAAACAUACCUGUGUCUACAUUACUCUGUCAGCAAGUCCAUCAUCAUCAUCAUCAUCAUCAUCAUCAUCAUCAUCAUCAUCAUCAUCAUCAUCAUCAUCAUCCCUUUUAGCGAGUGACUUUCUCUGCUUCAAGACUUCACGACUCAUCCUCCACAGCCGGCGUCCUGCUCGUACGUAGCGCUUCACUUCUCUGCUUCAGCAGACUCUGCUACACCUGAAUACUUGAUUUUAAAGGGACCUUAUUAUUGGAGUUUCCAUUUUUAUGCAUUAAAAUACAGAAUAAUUCAUUGAAUACCCAACUAAUCCAUCCAUAUUCAGCUUAAACAACCAUACAUUACAUGAAAAACAUGGUCAUGACACACAUAAAACAGCCACUCUCGCCAUGUAGCAAAGAGAAAACAGUGAUACAUCCUGCACCUUUAUACCCAAAAACAUAAAUAUGGAAACUUGACGGACCUCCACUGUGGGAUUUUGGUGUAUGUCAGCACGAGGUGUUCGUACUCUAGAUCCACUACAUUGGAUCACUGCUUUAAUUUUUAACCAAUCACUUACUUUAUGUUAAUCAAGGGCUGCAACAAACGAUUAUCGUGAUUAUCGAGUCAUCUAUCAGUUAUUCUUUUGACUAAUCAAUUAAUCACUUAGUCCAGAAAAUGUAAAAAAAAUGUGAAAAAGGCCUGUCACAGUCUCCAAGAGGUCAAAGUGACAUCUUUAAAUGUCUUUUUUUUCAGAUUCUCACAUUUGAGAAGCUAAAGACAGAAUUCUUGGCAUUUUUCCUUGGUGAUUAAUUGAUUAUCAGAAUUGUCGCUGAUUCAUUUUCUGUCAUCAGCUAAUCGAGUAAUCAUUUCAGCUCUUUUAGAACAGCACAUUUGAAUGCAACAUGAGUUGCUACAAACACAUCCUGUGUAAAAGUGCCUUUCACUUGCUUCAAUCAAAUAUGACUAACUUGGCCUUACACCUAAUGUCCACACAGACGAUUAUAGAGGCGGAAAUGUAACUCUAACUAGAUUACACACUGUUUAAAUCAGAGCUGGCCCUGGUCUCUUGAGGGUCUGCGUGAGGUUUCACCAAUUUCCCUGGUUGUUGUUUCUUUUAACGCAUCAUGAACUGGAUGAAUGUUCAGAAUCCAAACAUUUUAUUUCACAUGCCUCUCAAUGUAUUUGGGGGCAUCGCAGUAAAAGCUUUGUGGCAAAAUCACCUUGGCUAUGAGCCAGCUUUGGUUAGAACAGCUUAAAAAACCAGUUGUGUAAUGGGUUUUCAGUUAGAGUUACAGUUAAACAUGUAAUGUGUUUUAAUUUUACAUUUUUAAAGUUUUAGUUUUUCAUUUUCAAAUUCUGACCACAACUCUAUAUUAUUUUUGGGCAGGAAACCAUAUUUUCAUAUCCAGGGACCGUUAAAGGGGUUCUGACAGAGGUUGGGAAAGAAUGACAUAAAAGUAUUUUUAUGGAAUUAAAAAAUUGUAUAUGUAAUAUAUUUGCAGCAUCAAAAAAGAGCAUAUUUAAUUUAUGCAACAAAAAAAGAAAGAAUGAAAUGUUUUUAAAGUUAGUUUAUCUUAUUGUCUCAUUUUUCUAAAUAAUGUUUACAAAAAAAACACAAAAAUUCAACUUAUAAUAUAUUCUGAGCAUCAAAAAAGGGCAUAUUUAUUUUAUGCAAAAAAAAAAAAAGGAAUUGUAUGUUGUGUUUUGGCAUUUAGGAUGAUGUGAAGUUUUACAUGAUGGUGUGUAGUUUACAUGGUGUGUCAUGGAUUGUAAAACUUUGACAUGAUCUGUUUGUGUCUUUUAACUGUAAUACAGUCUUUAUGUUUCACUGCUGUCGCAUGAAAACCUCCGUGGAUCUUUUUUAUUCCCUUAUGAUUUAAAAAUCAAUUGAAAAAAAUCCAAUUUUACCCUGAAGCUAAAGUUCUUGACCCAAAAAGCCAAAGAAAUUUAUCACAAACCAACUGCAAACCUGUAAAAGUUAUAAUAUCAGUAAUGUGUAAUAUAAAUAUUUUUCUGCUAUAAAAACAUCUAAUGACCUCGAAGCAGCAGAGGAAACAUCUAAAACAUUAACUAAAUGAGCUCAUGCGACAGCAGUGCAUGUUGUAUUUAUUCCUGUUUGUAGAAAGUGUGUAUAUAUUGAUGAAGCCAAUCAGGGGACUAAAACAUUCCAGGAAGUAAAACACCGCUAGCUUUGUUCUCUCUACAAUUUGAAGGAACACCAGGACAUUAGAAAAAAGUUUUUAUUUCUUCACCACUAUUCUGACAAUGUAAGAAAAAUCAAUGAUACUCCUCAAAAAAAAUGUCAUGGUAUUCCUUCAAAUUAAAAGUUAUGAAAACAGAUGUUUCACUGUCCCAGUCCAAAUCCUUGAGGAAACAAUUACAAACUAUGACCAUAAAACAUCCAGAAAUCCUUUUUGAUCUUCACAACAUUACAGUUCACUAAGAUUUUCUAUUUUUCUUCUCUGUUCAUUUCAUUUUGUGUCCCUCAUGCUAAGCGUACACAAAAACAUCACGUGACUGCAGCCCGUUGCACAACCAUCCUGUCAUUCUCGCCUUUAACAGUCUUAAUGCACCAGUGUACAUAAAUAAUGACAACUUAAUGUGCAGAUGUUGUAAAUAAAGGGCCUUGUUUUUGUAUUGUGACAUAGUCCAAGAUUUUAACCUGUGGAAUUACGUGGGAAAGGGAAAAAAUAGGAGAAAAAACAGUGGAUAUUUGGGGAAGAAGGUGGGGAGGGAUUUUAAAAAAUAGCAGGGAGGGUGACUUUUUCCACUUGUAAAGAAACCUGGAUGACACAGUAGCUUCACACAGUUUGAAUAGUUGUACAACACCAGCAAGUGCUUGAUUAUUCUAACAUCUCCAUGAACAUUUGGAGUCCAGAGAGAAUAAUCCAGCACUUCCCAAUGAGUUCAGUUGUUUGAAAUGUGUUUGGAUAUAAUGUUGUCUUGGUUUGUUGUAUAGUGUCUUGCAUGUUCCUCCAUAUAUAACUAUAUUAUCUUAGUGUAGUCAGUAGAGUAGAAACCAGCAAAAUAUUAAAAAACUGCAUCAGCAA